GCAGUCUAGAAUCAGUCUCAAAGAUACCAUAUUUCAUGAGCCGUCAGGCAAUACACAUUCAGAAUGUGAAGCAGCAGAUAUAUGAGAAUAGCAAAUAACAAGAAGAAAUCAUGGGUGGCUCCCAGAAAAUCUUCUGAUUCUUAUUUCUCAGAAGUUGAUCCUACCCUAUACAACCCUUUGAACAGCUACAACAAGAACUUCGUCACAUGGUGUAACAGCCUGAAUAACAAAGUAAUUAAGCAAAGAAGGAGGCUUAAGAAUUACAAGAAGAAUAAAUUACUAAGGGACAUCAACAAGCUAUAAAAAAAAAUAAAUUAACUGAACAGAGGAAAGCAAUGCUUGCAUUCCACCAAAUCAGCCAUGAGAGUUAUAAGACCAUCAGACAUAGCGAAAGCGAUCAUGCUAUAGCUGAUGAGAACGCAUAUGAACAUGUUGAAUCAACUCCUGCGUCCAGAAUUAACAGAAGAAAAGACAAAACAGAAUCCAAGCUCAACUCAGAUUUCUUCCUCAAGCCAAGUUUACCACCAAAGAGAGUCAGGUUCAGAAAAUAACACUUUUGAUGAAUCUGCUUUUAAUCGAUUACAUUCUCAUAAGAAUAAAAAUGAAUAUAACUCUUACUCUGAAGCAUCUUCCCAAGAAAAUGACAACACAAAGGAAAAUUUUAUAAGGGAGUUUAACAUAAAUGAGCUUCCGAAGAAAGAAAAUCUAGAUGAACUUUCUGAACACAACACUAUUUCUGAUAACUUCAGAGGGGAUGUAAAGGAAGCUUUGCUAACUAAGGAUAUUAACUCACUCAAGAAUCUCGUAGGGCUGUCUCAAACUCCUUACGCGAAAUACCUCCAAAAUGAAGGCCGUACUAAAAGAGUUAAAAUGAAUAAAUUUACUAUUGCCGUUGAAAAUGAUAGAAGAGCUAUCAGUUCAAGUAAUUAUACCAGAAAGAAACUGAACAGAGGAUACCAAAUUUUUCUUAAGCAGCAGGUGCCAAAUAAGUCACAAGCCUCUUCAAAUAAAGAAUCACUAGAAAGAGCAAAUUCAUAUACGAGCAGCGUCAGAAUGAACGGUAAAUAUGUUAGAGAACUGUCUAAGAUACAUGACGAUUCUGUGAACAGCCAUUUGUCGAAAUUAAGAUUUGACAAAGGAAUCUACUCAAUCCCGAAGCAGCCUGAGUUCAGGACCACCAACACAUGGUUUGGAUCUCCUUCAUAAAGUAUAUUCAAAAAUUAAA